AUGAGGCAGCCGACGAGGGUCCAGGCUGUGGCCAUCCCGCGCAUCGGCCGCUCCGACUCGGACCUCAUCAUCCAGGCCCGCAAUGGGACAGGCAAGACGCUUGUCUUUGCCCUUGCUGGCGUGGAGCGCAUGCUGGAGGAGGCCGAUGUUCAUACCCAUACCAGUGCCGAUGGCUGCCGCAAUGAGCUGGUGGCCUAUCCAGAGAUCUUGGUCGUCGUGCCCACGGCAGAGCUGGCUGUCCAGCAUGCUGCAGUGGUCAAUGCGCUCGGAUCGGCGCUUGUGCCGCCGCUACAGACGGCGGUACUGUCGGGCGCAACAUCCAUCGAUACCGCCUUGCAGGCGCUGGGCACUGACGCCCGUGCCGCGGUCGGAUCGCCCGGUCGACUGGCCCAUUUGCUGCGUCUGGGCCUGCUCUCAGCCGCGGCAGUGGUGACAGUUGCUGUGGACGAAGCGGAUGUAGUCUGUCUCACGUCGUCUUUCCGCGACGACAUGGCGACGCUGGCAGCAGCCUUGCCGGCAUCGGCGCGCCGGAUGUUCUUCACCGCCACCCUCCCAGACGGCUUUGUCUCGUCACCGCACGUAGCGCCGUUGCUCCGCAAGGGCUCUUCACCAGAGAUUGUGGCGGUCGAUGCGGAACAGUUGGCGCUCGAGCACAUGGCCCAGUUUCACGCGGACGCCAGUGCUUGCCGUAAGCCGCGGCAGCGCAAGAAUCUGCUGGAAAGCUACCUUGCAGCGCUCGACCCGCAUCAGGCCGUGGUCUUUGCCUCAUCGCACGCGCUCGCGGCGUCGGUGGCUAAUGCGCUCAGCGAUUGCGGGUGGGCGACGGAGAUGAUAUCGGGCAAGCUUGCGUUUGAAGAGCGAAAUGCAGCGUUGGAGCGGUUUCGCGAGUACAAUGCCCAGAUCCUGGUCGCCACCGAUGUCCUGGCCCGCGGCAUUUCCAUCGACCGGGUCAGCGUCGUUGUCAACUAUGGCCUUCCAGCCUCGCUCGCCACCUAUCUGCAUCGGAUCGGACGGUCGGGCAGGGCCGGCGCGCGUGCAGCAGCGCUCACGCUCACCUUUAGUGCCAAUGAUGGAGCCACGCUCCAGGACUGGGCCCAAGCUGCUGGCGCCCCGCACUUUGCCGCCUGGCCGGAUCCGGCCACUCCACCACCAGCUCUCGUCGACUUUGUGCCGCCGCUAACUGACAGCGAGGCGGCGAUCAAAGCCGCCCACACUGUGGCGCGGACUGCACCUGUGUCGAACCCGCUGCCUUUGUCGCCGCCGCAUCCCAGCUCGCCCCUCGCUGUCGGGACACUACUGAUCUGCCACGGCGAUAGUGAUGACGAGCUGGAUCUUGCAGAGGCUGACUACUCCACCUCCUUUACCCGUCUUGUAGGCGAGCUCGACCGAUACGUGCUCGAGGCCGAGGUUGGCCGGGGUACGUACGGCAAGGUGUACAAGGCCCAGAUGGUGCGCGGUACCACGCCAGGCUCGGAGCCAGCGCCGCAGACAAGCGAGAUUGUAGCGCUGAAGGAGUUCAACGGGGCGGACAGGGUCGAUGGCAUCCCGCUGUCAGGCAUCCGCGAGAUGGCGCUCCUCCGUGAGCUGAAGCACCCGAGCCUGGUCACGCUCCACGACGUCGUAGUCGAGCCCGGAUCCGGCUCGACAUUCCUAGUGCUCGAGUAUGUUGAGCACGAUCUGGAGAAGCUGCUCAUUCACCACGCCAAGCGCAAGCACCCGCUGAUGGCCGAGACCGUGCGGUCGAUGAUGUGGCAGCUCGUGAGCGGCAUCGAGUACAUGCACGCCAACUGGGUCAUGCAUCGCGACAUGAAGCCGUCCAACGUGCUUGUCUACGGCCACGGCCCGCACUUUGGCCACAUCAAGAUCACCGACUUUGGCAUGGCUCGCAUCUUCAAGACGCCUGCCGUCGCCCUCACCGCCAACAACCCGGUUGUCGCCACCCUCUGGUACCGCGCCCCAGAACUGUUGCUGGGCGCGCGCCACUACACGCCGGCCAUCGACGUCUGGGCCCUCGGCGUCAUUUUUGCCGAACUGCUUUUUCUCCAGGUGCUCUUCAAGGGCAAGCAGAUCGAGGAGAAGGCCUCUGACAUCAAGACCUUCCAAUCGCACCAGAUGGAGGCCAUUGUCAACAUACUCGGCACCCCCGACCCGGCCACCUGGCCUGGCCUCGCCGACCUGGCCCACGCCAACCAGCUGGCAGCCUUUACUCGGGUCGAGAGCAGGCUCGACGCCACCCUGCGCAAGCUCGGCAAGCUGCGCAAGCCGCAGCUCCUGCUCUCAUCACAGGCCUGCGAUCUUCUCAAGCGCAUGGUAGCCUACAACCCCGACGACCGCAUCACCUGCGCAGACGCCCUCAGACACCCGUACUUUGCCAAACUGCCCGCCCCGACAUGUGACGCCUUUGCCGCGGACACCAAGCCGCUCAGGUACCCGCUCCCGGCUCUCAAGCCCGUCACCUCGUCAUCUGCUGGCCCGUCUGCACCCAGCCACCCGCCACUUCCACCUGGCCCCCCGCCGCCCCCGCCACCCCCGCCCCCAUCCGGCCUGCCGCCGCCAUCGUCAUCCGCCCGUCACCGCCCUGUCCAUCCCAACCCACGCGCCCUCAAGCGGCACAAGCCAAACUAG